CAAAAACCAAACAUCUCUCAGGGGAAAAAAAGAUUUGCUUCAAGUAAAAAAUAUUCUAUUUGCUUCAAGUGAAGCGUUACCGAAGAUUGUACCUCUCUCUUGCUUGUCAAAGUCCUCCCUUUGUGUGGCCCCUUGGUUCAGUGGGGCCUGACGCACAGAACCUUGUAGUAAAUUGAGUGGGGUCGUGAGAGAGAAGAUAGUCACCAGGGGUAGUUGGCUAGCUAACUAGCUUGGUUAGCAGCUUCACUGUGUAGCUAGGCUGAGUCUGAGAUGUGGCGCAACGUCCCUUUUGUCUGAAAACUGUUUGCGGUAAAAAAAAUAUAUAAUACCGAUGGAGCCAGCCAACUGAUUUUCGGAACAUCUAUCUACAGUUUGUUUUGACUAUCGAUCAUCUGAUCUGGACCUCGAACACAUUGACGGACACUUACUGGCUAGCUGGCUAGCUAGCUGCUAACUUUGAUGUUAGCAAGUAGCCAGUACGCGUAAAUGGUUUUCACGAGAAUGGACCUGUUGAACUAUCAGUUCCUGGACAAAAUGAACAACAAUAUCGGGAGACUACACUACGAAGCUGAAUCUUCUCUCACAGGUGAGUCCAGGAUGCCGUCGCUGCCCUCUCCAAUGACCAACAUGAGGACCGGUCCUCCCCCCAUCUGCCCCAGCAAAAGGAAGUAUGGCGAGGAGCAAGUAGACGACUGCAUUGACUGUGACAACAACCACAUGACCAAAAUGAGUCGACUGUUUGCUGCUCAACUGGGACAGCCUGCCGGCGGAGACAACCGCAACGACCCUUGGAUCCUCGGCCACAGCCCUGUGGAGCGCAUCACUUCCUCCUCCAACGGCCUCCUUGGCAACCACUUGUACGCCUCCAUCCCCUCCUAUGCGAUGGACCAGCCUCUGGCUCUGACUAAAAACAGCAUAGACUCUGGAUUGGGUGGCACAGAGAGGCCUGCCAUGCCCGGCCCUGUGGACAGACCACAGAAUCGCCCCUCUGUGAUCACCUGUGCUCCUGCAAGCAAUCGCAAUUGCAACCUGUCUCACUGCCACAAGUCUCACAGCCCCAGCCCACCCAUGGAUCAGAGGAAGGCCGAUGAUAAUACUGCGGUCGACCCUGUGAUCGAGGAGCACUUCCGCCGCAGCCUGGGGAAGAACUAUAAGGAGCCCGAGCCCGUCUCCAACACUGUGUCCAUCACAGGCUCGGUGGACGACCACUUUGCCAAGGCCCUGGGGAAGACCUGGCUCCAGAUCAAGUCCAAGGGGCCGGGGGGACACCCCCACAGUCCAGAGGCCAACUCCUGAAACACUGGCCGGACCUCCCUCACUGUUGAAUGGUGAACCACAACCAUUUCUUUGUCUGUGGCAUCAGACAAGUGCACCGAUUGACCUCCCUAUACCAUUCAUUGUCAAGCUUGACUUCCCUGAGCUCAGAACAACGCUAGACAAGACAAUGAAUUUCCAGUUUUAAUACUGUAUUAUAUACCAAAGCUGGCCUUUUACAGACCUUGGGGGGUUCUCCCUGCUCUUAUUAUAUGACUGACACUGAUCUGGGAGGAUUUGAUACAUUUGUUCAGUUAGGGUAGUUUUGGUUUGAGUCCAAGUGUUCAAAUUCUUCAUUUUGAAUGCAGAAAUAUCAAUUUGAGGAACUCUCUAGGACCAGUAUUGGCAGCCUUGAUGUCAGCUUGUCUUUAUUUGAGGUGUAUCAUUUUAUAUAUUUUUAACACUUACCCUGACAGAGAUUCCCAAAAUGACCAAUUAAUUUGGCCUUUGAGAAGGCAUACUGUUCGGUCUUAACUCCCUCAUGCCUUUCUUAUUAACCAAAGAACUUGCCUGCUGCUUCAAACAAAAAGCCAUAGUCUGCUUUGCUUCUCUUCUGUUUUCAUCCUCCUGCCAUCUCCGUUAACUCUCCACACGUGACCCUGUGUUGGUGUGUUUUUAGUUCAAAAGGAAGGCCGGCUCUGAUUUGCACUAUUAUGUGUUAGAUUGAGGUAGUGGUAACAGCAUACCUGUUUCAUUUGGAGCAUACAGUACAUUUGUAAGAGUGCGUUUGUGUUUGUUUUAACAAUACUAACAGUGGUAAUGCUAUCAAGGCUCUAGUCUCCCUCUGGUCCCAAUGUUUCUCUCUUUUUUCUCUCCAACUAUUCAGAACUGGACCUACUUUCUCUUUUGUGGACUUACAUUUUUUGUUUUUAUCUUUUUGUUCUUUUAGUACUCACUGGUUUAUUUCAUAGAUACAGUUAGAAAUAAUUAUAGUAUUCUGCUUACAGAGAUGCAUGUUUCAAAUAGCUGGUAUCUAUUAUAAUAAGCCUUGUUAUUCUAUUUACCCUCAGAAUUUAUUUUUGUCAGUAACCGUUUUAGAAAUACUUACUGCUGGUACAGUCGUACUCAAUAUAUUUUUUUGUAUAUGGUUCUCAUUAGAAUAUGUAUACACUAGCAUCCAUCUACAAAUCGCAGCCUCUGGCAAGGCUGUCUGAAUGCAGUAUAAUAGGCUAUGUUAUUAUGUGGUUGGUACGGGAUGCUUUGGCUUAGACGGAUUACUGAAUAGUCAACAUUUAACAUCUGUAGACCAGUCCUGUCUUAGAGUUGACUAUCUUCACCAUAAUGCCAUUAGUUGUUGUUUUAUUUAUUCCAAUCUGAUGUUUAGUUGAAUACUGUCAAAUUUUGACUAACUUUUCUUUUGUUAAAUUGACUCACAAUGAGCAUGUCUUCUUGACAUUCUUCACUUUGGAAAGUGUAAUGUUUAUUUCCCCUAAAUUAAAAUGCUGAUGACUUUACCCACAUGUAUCAUGGCUGGCCUUGAACGAAAGCCUUGCUCAAGCUUGUCUUGAGACGAUGGCAUGAACAUUCCACCAUCACUACCCAGCUUAAUAUUUUUUUUGUCUUAAAUAAGAUCUGGUAAGAGUAAGCUUUGAGGAAAGAGGGAUAGGUUCUCCUACAUUUGUGGUGUUUAGUGUAAACUGUGUGGGACUUUAAAAAUCAUUAACAGAAUCAAGGGGAGUAGCAGAACAUCUAAAGUACUUUAUAGAGGCAGUUUGAGGAUGAAUGACCUUUCUGAAGUGUUUUCCAUUUCCUUUAGUGAACAUAUGAGUUAACACUGCUAGAUAAUUGUAUAGUACAUUGAGAUUGUUUUAGUCAGCUCUUUGUGAAAAAAAUAUAUUAUAUGUACUUGCAUCCUAUAUUCUACACUGUUUUGAAAAUUACUAUAUAAACUCAUAUUCCCGUUUUAUUUUUUACUUUGAUAUCAAAAGACUAUCAUUGCGCCGUGCGUAAUGAUCCUAGAGAUUUUUUUUAACAGAACAAUGUAUUCAUGAUAUGUAGCCAUUGAAUAUUCAUGAUCCUCUAACCAUGCAUUUGUAUCUAUCUAAAAAGUUGAUCUUUUUCCAGAGUUGUCUGAGGUUUGAUAAGUGCAGGAACACCAGUCGUUCUAUGAAUAAGGCUCUCUUGGCAUGAUGUCAGGGUGACCUUACUGCUGCAGGUUCUCUGCUUGUUUCUGUACUGCAGUGGAACUGUAAGGGUUUAUCACGAGUUGAAUCUCAGUGAUAUGUUGGGGUUUAAUGUUCCAAUGUUAUUUAAUUGGUAUUUGACUGCUUGUGCCUCUAAACAACAAGUUGCAGGAACUAACUCCUCCAUUUGUCUCUUAACAUGGGAAACUGCAUUGUCUCUUAACAUGGGAAACUGCAUUGUCUCUUAACAUGGGAAACUGCAUUGCCUUAGACGGUUUGUUAAUCUGUAUUUUGUUCAUUUUUGGUCUUAUUUCUCCAGAAGAAUAUACCACUUUUUUUUUUACUUGAUUUCUCCUAAAUAAACUUUAAAAUGCUCUAUCACA